UCCUUUCCCAUCUUCAUCUUGUAUAGGAUAAAUUUUGCCUUUCCCCAGCUCUCAGGAAUCCUCCACUCUCUCCACUCUCUCGGUCACCAAGAUGCACCGGCUCAGCCUCUCUGCAGUUCUCCUUGUCCUCCUGGUCACCUUGGUGGCCAGCACCCAGGAGAGAGGAACCAGUGCUCCUUCCCAAGCCCCGCCACCUGCUUUCUGCCUGGACCCUCCCUACACGGGUCCCUGCAAGGCUCUGUUUCCCAGAUUCUUCUUCAAUGCCACCUCCAGGCUCUGUGAGAAAUUUGUAUAUGGUGGCUGCAGAGCGAAGCAGAACAACUUCCAGAACAAGGAGCAGUGUGUCCAGACUUGUGCCCCGCCACCUGCUUUCUGCCUGGACCCUCCCUACACGGGUCCCUGCAAGGCUCUGUUUCCCAGAUUCUUCUUCAAUGCCACCUCCAGGCUCUGUGAGAAAUUUGUAUAUGGUGGCUGCAGAGCGAAGCAGAACAACUUCCAGAACAAGGAGCAGUGUGUCCAGACUUGUGGUUUGGUGAAGUUACUUCAUUGCUGUCUGUCCCCUGGCUUCAGGGAGGACUGCAGUUGCUCAUUUCUGGGGUGGUCUAGGACAGCGGUGGCAAACCUGUGGCAUGUGUGUCACAGUGGGCUGUUUGUAUCAUUGAAAGCGUGAUGCUGAAACCUGUGUUGCCUGGACCUGGUAAAGUCCAAGACCCCACCCCCACAAUCCCCCAUCUGUAACAAUUUCCAACAGCAAUAAAUAUUCUUCUAGCAUAGUA